GGCAAUCCAAGUCAAACCAAGAAUCAACCUCGCUCACAUCUAUUGUUUAUUUUUUCAUCUCUCCUGAAAUCUCAUCAUGGAUAUCCCCAUCCAGUAUCCUUGGUACCGUCGGGCCUUCCCUCAGCGGCUCUCUGACCUCCCCCAGACAGAACCUCUUAUGGACUGGCCCCACAUGUGGCCCUUUUCAUGGGCCUACCCUUGGACGCGCCCGUCGUUCAUGCGCUGGUUCAACUGGCCCGACAAUGGACACAGUGAGAUGCGCAUGGAAAGGGAUCGCUUCGUCAUUUAUCUGGAUGUGAAGCACUUCUCCCCUGACGAGCUGUGUGUCAACAUCWGUGACGAGWUCAUCACAAUACAUGGCAAACACGAGGAGAAACAGGACGACCAUGGCUUUGUGUCCAGAGAGUUUCACWGGAAGUACAGGCUGCCUGCCGGCGUGUCAGGUGCUGAUGUCACCGCCAACCUGUCAUCUGAUGGUGUGCUGAUAAUAACUGCACCUCGGUCAUCUCCUGGRCCAGAGCGUAGUAUUCCCAUCUCCUGUGAGGAUGGGACACCAAAACAGAAAAUGUAGAGCAAAGCCUGACGCUGUUUCAGUUCUAACCAGAAGUGCUGCCUGUUGUUGUGUUUAACCUGUCUCAGUUGAGACACAUGWAGGUGGAACAUGCAUGUCUAGAUGUCUGCAUGUGUAAGUGGCUUAAARUAAACCAGAAACUCCAGAUGGUGUCACAGCAAGAUGAAUUGUUGUGUUAAUAAAAGACUAACAUGUUGAGUAUAGUUGACACCAUAUUGAAGUUUUCCAGAGACACACUGUUGUGAGUUGUAGUUGAUUUUUCUAUCAAAAUAACUUUAAAACGUAAAAUAUUCACAUCCACCAUCAGGUAAGGGAAGUUUAUUGGUACAGCAMAUUUCAACAACAAGGCAAUUCAAAGUGCUUUACUUAAAAUCCAACUAAUCAAGGUCAUGUCAUUCUUAUUUGAAUUCCAUAUCUACAUCAGRCAUUUUAUAACAUACCAUGUCUAAUCUGGUCCUGCACUUGGGUGACAAAUWAUUUUUUGAACCUAACCCAGUUUGCAGCUUUUAUUAUUACUACUGGGAAAUGCUAAAGAAAAAUUAAUUUACAGGAAUUCCUCUCAAAAUUGUCAACUGAAGAUGAUAACAGACUAAAAUUGUUAGAAUGAAUUGUUUUAAUAUCAGUGUGGGUAUGAGUAAGAUGUCAACUUGAUUGUUGUAUGAGAUUAGUGUUGGUUUCAGUACGUGUCAGGAGGAAGGAGUUCUCUGGAGGCACAUUCAGUGAUUUUAUGGUUGUUCAGUAAGAAUAAAAAACACCUCCAAAGGACUUGGGACCAUGUGUGUUCUCUGUAGUGAGGGGUGUGUGUGUGUAUAUUUGCUUGUAGAAGAAGACAUUUUUAGCUCUUACAAUAUAAAGG